AUGACCAACAGCAGUGAGGAAUGCAGUUUUACAGCCAUCGACCGCGUAGCGAAGAUGCUGCAGUUGGGGAUCUAUGUCCCCACCUUCAUUCUCGGGCUGGUUCUCAACACCUUGGCCCUCGCCGUGUUCUGCCGCUUUUGGAAAAAACAGACCAAAACCUCAGUUUACAUGAUCAGUCUCGCACUUGCAGAUGUCUUGCUGCUUCUGUCACUCCCACUGAAGCUAUACUACUCUGGCACAGAAGCACCUGGGCUCCUGUGCUCGUUCAUAGAGGCUCUCUAUUUUGUCAACAUGUACUGCAGUGUCUUCAUCAUUGUCUGCAUUACUGUCGACAGAUAUAUCUGCAUAAGGUACCCAUUUGAAGGUCGAGCUAACCAAUCCCCCAGGUGGGCUAUCUUCAUUUGCUGCUUCAUCUGGGCAGCAUCUUGCGUUUGCAGCACCCCAAUGUAUGUGUUUCACAAGAAAGGUAAUUUUAUAUGCUUUAACAACAUGUCAGAUGAGGCGUGGAGUGUCCCCCUCAUUGUUUCCGUGGAAACAUUUGGAUUUCUGAUCCCACUUGCAGUGAUGGUUUUCUGCUCUGCUCGAAACAUCUGGAUUCUUCUGAAUCACAAAAAGGAAGCUAAAAAAAAGGUAGAAGGCAAUGGCUCCUUACGAAUAAUUAUCAUCAAUCUUGUGGUGUUUUUGGUGUGUUUCACACCCUACCACCUUGCGAUCUGCCUCCAGUGCCUGGUGAGACAGCAUGUGAUAGUGGACUGCCGCCUGAAACAAACCAUCAGCCUCUUCAUUCAGCUGUCGAUGCAAUUAGCCAACUUGAACUGCUGCCUGGAUGCCAUCAUUUACUAUUUUGCUGCCAAAGAAUUUCGUAAGAAAACACACUUGAAAAUUAUUAUUGAACUAUGUCCUAUCUUUAAGCCUUCUGCCAUAUGA